AUGGCGCGCUGCCGCGGUUUCAUCUACCGCCGCAAUGCCUGGGGAAGCUUCGUUAAUAGCGGACGCGCUUGCUGCUCGGUGACGGCUGCGCUCCUUGCGCUCAUCGCCGCUCUUUCCGCAACUUCUCCAGCAUCCGCGCAAUAUCUCUUCCCCGCCAUCCCCGCGCCCCCUCCCCCGAACUCUUCCGCCGAUGCUUCCACCGCAGCUGCCUCUGCUUCACCCUUCCAAAACGGGCAACGCAAUAACGGGGCGGACGAUAACGAGGACGCGCUACCAGUGGUGACUAUAGCGGGGCCUCGACUACGGGAAGUGCCCGGACGGCAACCAGAGAAACCCACUAAACUAUCUGCCACGUCAGCAGCUACAACCGCCGCUGCUGAUACAGCAGCGACAGGUUCGUCGGGGUCCACUAGACGACCCAGUGGCGAGGAACUCUAUAUCGUGUAUUUCAGAAACGUGCCGUCCGUCAUAGACUAUAAGGGCGGCAUCCCGGGGUUUGCUGCUACAGCCGCUCCUGCUACAGGCGACGGUCUCACUGCCUCCGCUGCUGCCGCUACAGAUGAUGCUGAUGAUGAUGACGUGGAAAGCUUGGAGGCUGGAUACGAUUCGGAUGCUACAGGCGCCCCGUAUGCUACAGGUGGUGCUGCUGGGGCAGGCGGAAGGUCCGCAGGCGCAAACAGCGGAGGCGGAAGGAGCACUGGGGAAUCGAUAACAGGACUUCUAAACGCUUCAGUGGCGUCAAUUGCAACAUCAGGAGCAGGAGGAGGAGGAGGAGGAGGAGCAGCAGGAGGAGGAAGAGGAGUAGGAGGAAGACGAGCUAGAUCAAGAGCAGCGGCGGCGGCGGCGGCGGUGCAGGCGAUGGGGGCGCUGGACGGGCCGCGCGGCAGCAGGCGCGCGGACGAGCGCGAGAGCGACGUGCGCGCGUUCGCGCAGUUCGUGGGGGGCGUGCAGCAGCACAUGCUGCAGGCCGUCGGUAUUCCCAAGAAUCGCAUCGUGCACAGCUACCGCUACGUGUUAAACGGAGUGAGUGUCAAGCUGACCCGUUCAGAGGCCCAUCGCUUGCAGCGACACGAGUCAGUUCUCAAGGUGGAAAGAUCCCAAACGGUCUCUGUUCAGACCAUCCACACGCCGCAGUUCCUGCAGCUGCCCUCUCGCGUGUGGCCGAGCGUGGGCGGGAGGACCAAGGCGGGCAAUGGCAUGAUAAUUGGGAUCGUGGAUACGGGCAUCUGGCCCGAGCACCCCAGCUUCAGUGACAAGGGCUACCCCCCCGUGCCUCCCCGCUGGCGUGGCAAGUGCACGACCACGAGCGACUUCAAGGGCUGCAGCAAGAAGAUCAUCGGCGCUCGCUACUUUGCCGAGGGGCUCGUGGCGUCUGGUGGGGUUGUGGACCCCUCCACAGAGUAUCUCUCUCCCAGGGACGCCAGUGACCACGGCACGUGGUGUGCGGGGGCCGCAGCAGGCAACCCGGUGAAAGUAUCCGGAGGAGGGGUGCAGUUCGGUACAGCGAGUGGCAUGGCGCCCAGAGCACGGAUAGCCGUCUACAAGGCCAUCUGGGUGCAGGGCAAGCUGGCCGUUGGAUCGGACUCGGACGUGUUUGCAGCCGUUGAUCGCGCGGUGGCGGACGGUGUGGAUGUGCUGAGCAUGUCAGUGGCAAUCAACGAGGAGACCUACUUCAAGCACCUGGCGAUGUUAAGGGCUGCUAGGGCAGGGGUGUUUGUGUCACUGGUAGCAGGCAACAGCGGGCCUCCCCCAGCAAGCCCCAAGCUCUAUCGCACGCUCACCAACCUCUCGCCUUACUACAUAACUGUUGCAGCCAGCACGUCCAGCCAAGCCUGGCCGCCCCAAGCCAGGCUGUCGCUGGGCAACAGGCAGAGCUACCUGGGGGAGACACUCCUGGGCGGCAGCACUGCCACGCGCCGGCUGCCUCUGGUGGAUGGCAAGACAGCCGCUGCUGCCGGGUACACGGCUUCUCAAGCCGAAGCCUGCGUGCCCUACUCCCUCUCUCCUUCCAAGCACUGCCACGCGCCGGCCGCCCCUGGUGGAUGGCAAGACAGCCGCUGCUGCCGGGUACACGGCUUCUCAGGCCGAAGCCUGCGUGCCCUACUCGCUCUCUCCUUCCAAGGUACUCUUCUAUUGCCUUCCGGGGUGGCGUCACAAUGUUCUUACUCGCUCCCUGCCGCUCACACGUCCGCUGCUGCCGGGUACGCGGCUUCUCAGGCCGAAGCCUGCGUGCCCUACUCGCUCUCUCCUUCCAAGGGAGUGUAUGGAGUGGAGAGUGCCUCUCUAAUAUGGGUCGAAUCUAUCUUCCUAUUCAUGCACAACCCCAUCCUCUCCUCUCCUCCCUCCCUCCCUCCCUCCCUCCCUCCCUCCCUCCCUCCCUCCCUCCCUCCCUCCCUCCCUCCCUCCCUCCCUCCCUCCCUCCCUCCCUCCCUCCCUCCCUCCCUCCCUCCCUCCCUCCCUCCCUCCCUCCCUCCCUCCCUCCCUCCCUCCCUCCCUCCCUCCCUCCCUCCCUCCCUCCCUCCCUCCCUCCCUCCCUCCCUCCCUCCCUCCCUCCCUCCCUCCCUCCCUCCCUCCCUCCCUCCCUCCCUCCCUCCCUCCCCUCCCUCCCUCCCUCCCUCCCUCCCUCCCUCCCUCCCUCCCUCCCUCCCUCCCUCCCUCCCUCCCUCCCUCCCUCCCUCCCUCCCUCCCUCCCUCCCUCCCUCCCUCCCUCCCUCCCUCCCUCCCUCCCUCCCUCCCUCCCUCCCUCCUCCCUCCCUCCCUCCCUCCCUCCCUCCCUCCCUCCCUCCUCCCUCCCUCCCUCCCUCCCUCCCUCCCUCCCUCCCUCCCUCCCUCCCUCCCUCCCUCCCUCCCUCCCUCCCUCCCUCCCUCCCUCCCUCCCUCCCUCCCUCCCUCCCUCCCUCCCUCCCUCCCUCCCUCCCUCCCUCCCUCCCUCCCUCCCUCCCUCCCUCCCUCCCUCCCUCCCUCCCUCCCUCCCUCCCUCCCUCCCUCCCUCCCUCCCUCCCUCCCUCCCUCCCUCCCUCCCUCCCUCCCUCCCUCCCUCCCUCCCUCCCUCCCUCCCUGUUGCAUGGGAUGCUCCUACACGAGCAAGAAGGCAGCGGAGGUGGCGAGGGUGGGGAACCAUUGCACACUCAUCUCCAUUCCAACCUCCCCCCAUCCCUCCGCUUUCAACCAACCCGCACAGGCAAGAUCGUGGUGUGCUGCACGGGAUUCUCCUACGCGAGUGAGAAGGCAGCAGAGGUGGCGAGGGUGGGCGGGCGGGCGAUCAUCGUGGUGCCAUACGCGAAUGGGGAGGGCGCAGUGAAGGCCACGGCCUUGGGAUUGCCGGGGCUGUUCCCCGUGUUCUGGAAGGGCAAGGCCAUUCGCGAGUAUAUUCGCAGCACCCCCAAUCCUACCGCAACCCUCUCGGCGCUCUUCCUACCCAAGCAGGUGGCACCCACCAUGCCCAGCUCCUUCCCCCAACUUACUCCCCACUCCUCCCCCUGUCCGCCAAAUCCCCUCUACUCCCCACUUCCAACCCCUCCCCCCCCCCCCUCUCCCCCCCCCAAACAGUCCUACUGCAACCCUGUCGGCGAUCUUCCUACCCAAGCAGGUGGCUCCCGAAACCACCACCACUUCCCCCCAUUCUCUCCCCCUUUCCCCCCCCUCUCCCCCUUUCCCCCCCCCUCUCCUCCCCCAAACAGUCCUACUGCAACCCUCUCGGCGCUCUUCCUACCCAAGCAGGUGGCUCCCGAAAUGGCCGUCUUUUCAGGCGCAGGUCCCUCCGUCAAUCCCGCAGCAGGCUUCUAUGACAGCAGCAAGGUCACCAACGCCAUCUUAAAGCCCGACAUCACCGCGCCGGGCACGAGCAGGGCAGGAGGUGAGCGGAGCAGCAGACGAGCGGAGCAGCAGACGAGCGGAGCAGCAGACGAGCGGAGCAGCAGACGAGCGGAGCAGCAGACGAGCGGAGCAGCAGGCGAGCGGAGCAGCAGGCGAGCGGAGCAGCAGGCGAGCGGAGCAGCAGGCGAGCGGAGCAGCAGGCGAGCGGAGCAGCAGGCGAGCGGAGCAGCAGGCGAGCGGGGCAACAGGCAAGCGGAGCAACAGGAGAGGCUCUUUUCGGUUAUGGAUGCUAGUACUCACGAAACCACCCCUGUUGAAGCACGAGCGCCAGCAGCAGCUUCGUCGGCCGCGUCAAUGGCGGCUUCCGCCGUUUCCUCCUUGAGCGCCGGCGCCUCCGACUCUUCCGCCGCAUCUACCGCCGCUAUUUCAAUCGAGGAGUCGCCUCACGGUCGAACCUCGUCCCCGUGCGCCGCGUGCAAGUUCCUUCGGCGGAAAUGCACGGCGGAGUGCGUUUUCGCGCCGUACUUCCCGCCGGACCAGCCGGGGCGAUUCGCGAACGUUCACCGCGUGUUCGGCGCGAGUAACGUCACGCGGAUCCUGGCGGAGCUUCCGCCGGAGCUGCGCGGAGACGCGGCGAAUAGCAUGGCGUACGAGGCGGAGGCGCGAGUUCAGGACCCGGUGUACGGCUGCGUGAGCGCGAUUUCGUUACUGCAGCAGCACGUCGUUCAUCUGCAAACGCAGCUGCUUGUAGCGCAGCAGGAGCUUUCGGGGCUGCAGCGCGCGCUAGAAGCUUCCGCGCAGGCAGCGCAGGCGCAAGCAUCACAGGCGCAGGGGCAGGCGCUUCACCUUUCCGCUGCAGCUGUUCCUGCGCCAGCCCAGACACCUGUACCAACCACUGCCGCCAAUCCCCCCCCCGAGUCAGCCAUGACCCAAGAGCCUCCCGCAUAUCCCCCAACCCACACAACCGCAACCAACCCCCUCUCUUUCCCCACUGACCCCUCUGCCCUCUCUGCCCCCGCUGUCCCCACUGCCCCCAAUGCUGUCCCUUCUGCCCCCUUCGCCACUGCUCCCUCCUUUGCUGUCCCCGCUGCUGCUGCUGCUGCCGCUGCCCCUUCUUCUCAAACGCCCUCGCCUGCUGGUACUGCAGUUGUGACCUCAUUACAAGCUGCUCCUGUUGCUGCAUUGCAGCCUGCCCCUGUCUCUGUGCUGUAA